AUGUCGCAGUCCCCCAGUGCUGGGGGCCCUGAGGGCUCUGUGCCCCGAGAGGGUUUGCUGCCUGCUGCUUCGCCUGCUGCUGCUGCUGCUGCUGCUGCUGCUCAGAGGAAAGUGCUGCACUUCAAACUCGUGCUGCUGGGAAACACCAGCGUGGGCAAAAGCUGUUUGGUGGUUAGGUUUGCAAAAGACGAGUUCUACGAGUACCAGGAAAGCACCAUUGGCGCGGCCUUCAUGACGCAGUCUGUGGACUUGGGGGAUUGUGUUGUCAAGUUUGAGAUUUGGGACACAGCGGGACAAGAGAGGUACAGGUCUUUGGCCCCCAUGUACUACAGGUAG